AUGGAGCUGCGCUGCCGGGGCAUCUCAAUGGAGACCCGGCCGGACGAGAGCCCAAAGAAGCCGGACCUUCAUGGAGUGCUGCAGCAUCGGCUGCGGAGCAUCUCGCAGGAGUCCGAUGAGCUGCUGAUGUACACUCCAACGGCCCGGCAAUGCAGCACGCAGAUGCCCGAGCUUGUGCGGGAGAGCUCGCCGAUCAAGGAGGCGAAGGUGGAAGGGGUGCCCUCUCUCACGUCCAAGGUCAAGGAUCUGCAUGAUGAUCUCGAGAGCUGGGGCUACAACAACUACCCUGUCAUCACGGAUCACUUUAACUUCCUCGUGUACGGCGUGGAUCUGGCUAUCAGGAGCAUCAGGUGGUUCCAGUUUGGCUUUGCAGCCUGCUGGCUUGGCUUCCGCCUAUGCGUCUAUGCCAUCAUGUUGCUCCCAGCUUUUGUCCGAAUCAUGCUCACCUACUACCAUGACGCCCGAAUUCAUCGGCGCAUCCGCUUCGGCCCUGCCGAGCGCGAGUACCUGGACAUUUACGUGCCCAAGAACGCCGCGCAGGAAGGCAGCAAGGUCCCGGUGGUCAUCGCCAUCAUGGGAGGUGCCUUCAUCAUCGGCCACCGGGGCUACAACGCGCAGUUGGGAUUGCGGCUCAUGGACUUUGGCAUCAUCACGGUGGGCAUCGACUACCGGAACUUCCCAAGGGGAACCAUCCCCGACAUGGUCGAGGACGUGAGCCGCGGGGUGCGCUGGGUUUUCCAGAACAUCGAGCGCUACGGCGGCGACACCUCCCAGAUGCUUUUGAUGGGGCAAAGUGCCGGCGCCCACUUGGCCUCCAUGCUCCUGCUUGAGCAUGCGCUGCUGGAGGCCAAGCACUCCAUGAAAGGUGGCAAGGACUGCAAAGAUGUGGCGGAGAGUUGCGACAACUGGUCCGUCAAGGACUUGAAGGGAUUCCUGGGGGUGUCUGGGCCCUAUCACCUUCAGAAGCUGGGCCCUCACCUGGCAUCCCGUGGAUUGUAUCCAGGCAUCAUGACCCACAUGACUGGAGGGGAUCUCUUGGGAUGCUCCCCGGAGGCUUUGCUGGAGCAGGCGGACUGGGGCUCGUUCGGCGACCAGGCGGUUCAGCUCCUUCCGCCCAUCCACCUUUUCCAUGGCGAUCGCGACAAGGCCGUACCGGUCUGGUCUUCGGUGCACCUUGCGGGCGCCCUGAAGGAUGCCGGGGCCAACGUGGUGCUCGACAUCCGGCAGGGCAUGACCCACACCUAUCCCGUGGUGGAGGGGCCCAUGAAGCGCCACGACCCGCAGGUAGAGAUCAUCUUGCCGAUGCUCUUCGGCCCCGGGGCGGAGCGCCGCCUGGAGUCAACACCGAAGCUCCCUCCCAUGGCCAACCCGCGCAUCAUCGAGGCAGCUGGCGUGGUGUGUGGGCAGAACAUGGUAGAACUCGGGAGGACGCGGCCGCACAAGGCUGUCGCGUCCAAGAUGCACAACUGGUUCACGGUCAAGAUUCAGCUGGAGUCCACCUCACACAAGCAAUUGGGUAUGGAGCUUGACGACAUCAACGAGCAAGGAACGGAGGAACGGAGGAACGGAAGACCGGAAGACCGGAAGACCGGAAGACCGGAAGACCGGAAGAGCGGAAGAGCGGAAGAGCGGAAGAGCGGAAGAGCGGAAGAGCGAAAGAAAAAGGCCUAG